UCACAACAAUAUCAUAGCAAACCCACUAUCCGACGACAUAUACUCCGUCUGUUCCAACGGCGGCAGAAUGUCGAAGGUGUUCAGCUUGAACUCCGAUAAUGAAUUCAUCUCACCAUUUAUGGACGCACUUGUUGCAGUGCUCAGCUACAAGGGCGACGUGAAUGAUUUCAGGACUAUCCAGGGAACAGACUACUACUCCAAUGAUGAUUGGGGCACUCGAGUUGAGGUUGGUCCGGGAGAAGAAUACGAGGGAAUAAAACUCUUUGGCACUACCAUUGUGGGAGACAAGUUCAAACAGCUAGUCGAUGAGCUCAAGUCGGUAGAAGACCGCGAAAGAAUCCAUUUCUUUGUGAAUCGUUUGGGCCUUUGUAUAGUUGGAAGAAUCGGGCAUCCAACUAUUAGUGCAAUGCGGAUCAACGAUUAUUUUGGUUGGUCCAAAUACGGCGUGAAGUUACCUCAAGAUGUUACCAAGUUCACCGUGUGGAGCAGAGCGGACAUGCACAGUGGAGAAACGUUGAUUGAUGCCCGAGGAAUGAGCAGAGCCGCGGAGGAGGCGCUGCAGCGGAGCUUGGAGGAGAAGAGCGUGGAGCUGGCGGCAUGCAAGAAGGAACUGAAGGAGAAGAACGUGGAGCUGGUGGUACGCAAGAAAGAAAUGGAGGAGAAAGAAAUGGAGCUAGUGGCGUGCAAGAAGGAAAUGGAGGAGAACAACGUGGAACUAGUGGCAUGCAAGAAGGGAUUAGAGGAGAAGAACGUGGAACUGGCGGCAUGCAAGAAGGAGCUGGAAUGGAGCAAGAGGAUCGAGUCGCUCCAGAGCGAGUUAAUGGAAAAAAAGGACAAGGAGGUGGAGACGAUGAAGAAUCAACUCCUUGCUUUCAAGGACAUCUUACGCUCCUUGAUUGACCAUUAGGGCCGGUUUCUUAAUUAUUACUACCCAAGCAUAUCUCCCUGACAUGGACGCAAAGUUUUCAGAUAAUUAGUUGCUCUCUGGAUUUUCUUUCGUUUGAUCAUCCUAUCCACUGUCCACCUCAUGAUGAAAUCCCAAGGUUAAUUAAGACUCUUCUUAUCUUCUUGGCUUUUGAAACCACCCACAAAAGAUCGAGUAGAAGCCACCAGAUUUGGAGUGAUCAGUAGUGGCUAAAUAUAAUUAAGAUCUCACACUCGAUAGAUCCAAAUGAAUCUCAAGGGAAAGGAACCUGAUUAGUCUAUUCUUUAGUCAUUUUUUCAAGCUCACACUCGAUAGAUCCAAAUGAAUCUCAAGGGAAAGGAAUCCUUCUUUUACUACUACACUUAGAAUCUCGAUCGCUCCCCACCAACCUUAAUUUUACAUCCGAAAUAACAAUGCAUAUGAAUAAGUUGAGGGGCAUUGUAGCCUCUCUUAUGAACUACACAUAGCGUCACCACUCAAUGAAGCAAAUGAUGAUAAUUAAUACACAUUACACAGGAAGAUGAGAAAAGAAUGCAAUAAGAAUGGGGCUUACGA